GACAAAGAGAAGGAUGCAAAGGUUGAUGCAAAGGAUGACAAGGAGGAUCGCGACCGGAGCCGAGGGCGCCGUGGCCGGGAGCGCCGCGACCGGAGCCGGGACCGGGAACGCCGCGAGCACCGCCGCAGCCGGGACGGCCGGGAGGGCCGGGACGGCAGCCGGCGCAGCCGGCGCCGCAGCCCAUCGAAAGGCAAGGACCGGGAGCGGCGGCGGCGCUGA